AACCACCGCAGGGGCGGGGUCACAGCCUGGUCACACCAUUGGCUGCCGUAAAGAAGGGAGACAUUGAUGGACAGCCGAUUUUUUGCAUAUAGAGCCAAACGCUCACAUCCAACGUCACCAAACUCCUCUUGCUACAUCGUCAUCGUCAUCCUUCCAGACAAUCUAGUGAACUUUUGCCACACACACGCAAAAGGAUACUGCAAGUGUGUUUGAGUCGUCACGGCAACAGCCACUUCCUGUCCAUCGCUUGCAGACACCACCUGAGGCAGAAUGAGCCCCAAAAAUGUGGUCUUUAAGAAAAUCUGCAAGGACAAAUCGGUGGGCGUCUACAUGGGGAAGCGAGACUUUGUCGACCGUGUGGACUCCGUGGAACCAGUAGAUGGCAUCGUCCUCAUUGACCCGGAGGCACUACAGGGGAGAAAAGUGUUCGUCACUCUGUCCUGCAUUUUUCGCUACGGCCGCGACGACAUGGACGUGAUGGGCAUCGCGUUCCACAGGGAGCUCUACCUGUCCACUCGCCAGGUGUACCCGCCCCUGCAAGACCGCGAGCAGGGCAUCCACACCAGGACUCAAGCCAAGCUGCUGCAUAAGCUGGGGGACAAUGCCUACCCAUUUUUCUUUGAGUUUCCCGACAACCUGCCUUGCUCGGUGGCACUCCAGCCGGCCCCACAUGACGUGGGCAAGCAAUGUGCCGUGGAGUUUGAGAUCAAAGCGUUCAGUGCCGAGAGCCAGGACACCAAAGUACGCAAACGGAGCUCUGUGAAGCUGAUGAUCAGGAAAGUCCAGUACGGUCCAGACAGCGAGGGACCGGCGCCAUCUGUAGAAAUCACGCAGGACUUUGUCAUGUCGGACAAGCCGCUGCAUGUGAGGGCCAGCCUGGACAAGGAGAUUUAUUACCACGGCGAGACCGUCAAAGUGCAUGUCAAUAUCACCAACAGCUCCACCAAAAACAUAAAGAACAUCAUCCUUUCUGUGGAUCAGGUUGCCACGGUGGUGUUGUACUCCAACGACAGCUACGUCAAAUGUGUCGCCAUCGAUGAAUCGGGGGACGCCGUGUCUGCGGGUGGGACGCUCCAAAAGGUCUACAAACUCCUCCCCCUGCUGGCCAACAACAGAGAGAGGCGGGGCAUCGCUUUGGACGGAAAACUCAAGCACGAAGACACCAACUUGGCGUCGUCCAGCGUCAUCAAGCCGGGCGUCUUAAAGGAAGUUCUGGGAAUGAUGGUGUCCUAUAGAGUCAUGGUCAAACUCAUCAUUGGAGGCUUGAUGGGGUCAAGUGGUUUAUGUUGCAGUGAGGUGGAACUGGAGCUUCCCUUCAAACUCAUGCACCCAAAACCUGACACAGUCAAGGAGAGUGAAAUGGAGGAAGAGAUGGUGUUCCAGGAGUUCAAGCGUUCUUACCUAAAAGGCAUGAUCUGUGACGACGAUGACGAGGAAGGCAAUGUGUCGGGCGGCGACGACAUGGCGCCUAAAGAGAAGUGAGCGGCGGCUAGCGAAAUAAAAGCGAUAGCUAAUUUGAUCAACAUGAGGUUGUAUCUGUAAGUAAGAAGUCUUCAUGUAGACAUGCUACUUUAACUGCAAACUACCGCAUAUGAGACUUGAUUCUAUACAUUUAUUUGAUCAAACAAAGCAAAAACUAGAUGACUUUCGACAUAUUUGUAAGGUUGACGAUCCGUGUUUCAGUUUGUAUUUUAUAUGACGGAAAGAAGCAUUUAAAUAAAGCACUUCUUUAACACA